AUGAAUCAGCUCGAGUACAACCCGUGGGUUCCGAAGCCGUGGCGGUUGGCCGUCGACUUUUGCCGGAAGAACGGUGUCGGGGUCACGGCUUUCAAUUCCAUCGGUGGCGGACUUCGGAAGGGCAACUGGAAAUUCUUGCAGGACGACCGCGUGAGGCUCAUCUCAAAGGCCCAUGAUAAAACACCGCAGCAGGUGUUGCUCCGCUGGGCCACCCAGCACGACGUGCACGUGAUCGCUGGCACGUCGAAUCCGGCGCACAUGCGGGACAACCUCGCUAUAUUCGAUUUUGAACUCACUGCAGAGGAGAUGGCCUCCCUCGAUUCUGUGCCAAAGGCCGAGUGGGCUGCACGGGUUAAAAAUCAGAAAGUGCACACGCCGGACCUCAUCCCAUGA